AUGGCGGACCUUGCAGGCAGCGGCGAGCUGAACCAGCCCGUCCUCAACCUGACGCCCGAGGAGAAGCGCGUGUUCCAGCACCUCUUCCAGCAGGCCGACGCUGAGAAGCUGGGUGUCAUCACGGGCGAAAUUGCCGUCAAGUUCUUCGAGCGCACCAAGCUGGCCCCGGCCGUGCUGGGCGAGAUAUGGCAGAUCGCAGACACGGAGAACCGCGGCCUGCUGACCAUGGCCGGCUUCUGCCAGGUCCUGCGACUCAUUGGCCACUACCAGGCCGGCCGCGACCCCUCGCCCGAGCUGGCCUUCAGGCCUGCACCGCUCCCCAAGUUCGAGGGCCUCUCGGCGCCCGCCGCGCUGCCGCCACCGCCGCCCCAGGGCUUCGCGCCCCCGACGACGGCGCCCAUACAGCCCCAGAUCAGCGGCCAGCCGCCCAUCCGCGUCCCGCCGCUCGUCCCCGCAAAGGCCGCCGAGUAUGCCGGCCUGUUUGAGAAGUCGGGCGCCGUCAACGGCGUGCUCUCUGGCGAGAACGCAAAGGAGAUCUUCGAGAAGGCGAGGCUGCCCAACGAGGUCCUCGGCCGCAUCUGGAACCUGUCCGACACGGAGCAGCGCGGUGCCCUGAACGUCACAGAGUUCACCAUCGCCAUGCACCUGCUCGCGUCGUACCGCACAGGCAACAUGAAGGCCCUGCCAAACACGCUGCCCCCGGGCCUGUACGAGGCUGCGUCUCGACGAGCCGGCCGUCUUCCGCCGCCUCCGGGGCGCCCUGACCAAGCCUCGAUCCCGCGUCAGUUCAGCGGCCAGCAGAGCGUCCCACGCACAGCGAGUCCGCUGAGGCAGCCGCCGUUUGGCCCGCCUGCGCCUGCACAGCAGAUCAGCAACGAUUGGCUCAUUGGCCCACAAGAGAAGGCUUCGUACGAUAACCUGUUCAAGGGAGUCGACACUAUGAGCCGCGGCUUCAUCACAGGAGAGCAGGCAGUGCGCUUCUUCAGCGACUCUGGGCUGCCAGAAGACAUUCUGGCAGGCAUCUGGGAUCUUGCCGACAUCAACUCGGAGGGGCAGCUCUCCAAGGACGAAUUCGCCGUCGCCAUGUUCUUGAUCCGACAGCAGCGAAAGGGCGACCCAUUGCCCCAGACCCUGCCCUCGAAUCUCAUUCCGCCGAGUCUGCGAAACCGCGCAAACCAGCAGGCUCCCGCCAUUGCGCCCCUUCCACCACAGUCCAAGUCAGCCGCGGACGAUCUGUUUGGCUUGGAUGCCUUUUCUGAUCCGACGCCCGCAUCGCCGCAGCGGCCUGUUGGCACAGGUGCUCCUGCUGCGCUCGGCAAGCCAUUCGGCGACAGCGAUCCGUUCUCGAGCAGUGCUGUGUCGCCUACAUCUCCUGGCCCGUUCCAGCCCCAGCCGCGCAAUCCUGCAUCCACCUUCAAGCCCUUUCUGCCUACUUCUUCCUUCGGCCAGACCCUCACCACACAAUCCACCGGCCAGUCCAACUCGUCGCAACAACGGAGCCUGCCCUCGGCUAUGGAUGACCUUUUGGGCGAAAGCGACCCGGAGAUGAACAAGCAGCUUACCCAGGACUCGACCGAGUUGGCCAACAUGUCGAACCAGAUGACCACAUUGCGGAACCAGAUGCAGGAGGUCCAGAACAAGAAGGAAGCGACUCAGAGCGAUCUUGCCAGCGUGACCAACCAGCGCCGAGAGCUCGAGGCUCGCCUGUCGCAGUUCAAGACCACCUACGAGCAGGAGGUCAAGGCUGCCAAGGCUCUUGAAGACCGUCUUGCGGCUUCGCGUAACGAGACGCGCAAACUGCAGACAGACAUUGCUAUGCUCGAGGGAACGUACCAGGACCUUCAGACGCAAUACCGCCAGGUCGGGUCCGCUCUCGAGGCUGAUCAGCUUGAAAACGCCAACCUGAAGGAGCGCAUCCGUCAGCUGAACGGUGAGAUUGCCCAGCUGCGCCCGCAGCUUGAGAAGAUGAGGACAGAUGCACGCCAGCAGAAGGGCAUGGUCUCAAUCAACAAGAAGCAGCUGGCCACCAACGAGGGCGAGCGCGACAAGAUCAAGAGCGAAAUGAACGAUCUGACCAGGGCUGCUCAGGAGGCUGCUCGCAGCCCGCCACAGCAGUCGACGCCAGCCGCCGCCGCCGCCAGUCCUGCUGCGUCGGUGACUAGCCAAUCCACCAACCCCUUCUUCCGAAGGUCGCCUGGGCCAACCUCGGACAACGCCAUGUCUCCCUCUGGGUUUGCUCAGGGACCGCACAAGGACUUUGACAGCGUCUUUGGAGCCUUUACUCCUGCGCAAAACACCCCGCCGCCCGUAUCGUUCCGCUCAGAGGGCCAGAGCAACGUGCCAAACUUCUCUGCUCCCUCUGGACAGUCUGUACGCUCUUCUGAGGGCCCGGACGUCCCCACUCCCUCCACCUCGCCGCCCCUCUCGUCUUACCAGGAGUCGCCCCGUGGCGUAGAGCCUCCCGCUGCUCCCGAGUCGCGCCAGUUCACGUCGUCAUUCCUGCCUCUCAGGCAGGACGUUCCCCGAUCGGAGUCGUUCAGCUCUUCUGUCAAGGUGUCGGCACCUGCUAGCAGGUACGGUGGCCCCGGUGCACCCGGUCAGGACACACCCACUGUAUCACAGGCUUCGCCCGCUGGCACUCCGCAGCCCGAGAAAGCCGGCUUGGAGCGUAGUGAGACGAACCGUACCGAGACGGGUGGCUUUAACCCUGCGCAGCCAUUCUCUUUCGACCGUACCUUCUCUACAGCUUCGCCUGUGGCCAGCGUGACCAGCGAUACUCAGCGAUCCACAAGAGCCGAGCCUCAGCGCCAGGAUACUUUCUCCAGCUUUGGCGCCCCUUCCGCUGCGGUUCAAGACAUUCCUGGAGCGUUCCCCAGCGAGCGUGCCACACCUCUUCAGCAGGAACCUACCGGAGGCAGCAGCUUCAGCAACCAGAGCAAGAACACCAACCGUGCUGAUCCCUUUGGCAGCACCACAAGCGAGAGCUCUCGCCCUGGUGGCAAGGUCGACUUUGACUCUGCCUUUGCUGGGUUCGGUGCCAGCCGUCAGAACACCGCGCCAGGUGCCAAUGGCGCUCCCGACAGCUCGAACAAGUUCAACAAGGAGUUCCCGCCCAUCGAGGACCUGACCCACGACGACGAGAGCGACAGCGAUGCCGAGCAGGGCUUCGACGACAACUUCACUGCGGCAUCUCCUCAGCAGAAGCGCAAGAGCACUGGUCAACAGGCGCAGCAGGCGCAGCAGGCACAGCAGCAGCGCCCGGGCACCGCGUCGACAGACGAGCUCUACAGGUCACCACCGCCCCCAACUACUCGUCUCGACUCAAACAUCGGUGGUCUGCCUUCUGCGGAUGCACAAAAGUCACCGCCAGCGUACGAAUCGACCGUCGGCCAGCGUAGUGGGUCGAAUCAGUUCCCUCCUGAGUUUGGUGGCCUACUGCCCUCUCGCGAGGUCCCCAGCUCUCCAACUACCUCGCAAUCGCCCGGGAAGUCGUUCAGCCCGGCUGGUGGCCACGGCGCGGCGCUGUUUGGUGGUCCUUCGUCGAAGCCAACGACGACGUCGCCACCACCGAACGACACCCCGUCAUCUACUGUUCCUUCCGACGCUUACCACUCUGCCGUCUCUCACGGCAACAGCGACCACAUCCAGGCUGCAAACCAGCCCCAGCUUCAGAGGUCGGCUUUCAACGACGACUUCGAUGCUGGGUUUGAUGACUUGACCGACGCCAAGGAGGACGACAAGAUUGACGAUGAUUUCAUGUUCUCCUCGCACCAGCGUGAUGAGCUUGAUGAGUUCAACCCUGUCUUCGACUCGCCUGCGGCAUCCAAGUCAAACACAAUGGCUUCGCAGCAGACACCUACCGGCAAGCCGCGUGGCGACGACAGCUUCAGCGACUUUGAGCACUUGUCACAGAGCUUCGGACAGCCCCAGGCCCCGCAACCCUCUUCUUCGACCCAGGACUGGGAUGCCAUCUUCUCCAACCUCGAGUCUUCGCAGCACGACCAGCCUGCGCACUCGCAGCAAGCGUCCACUGACUUCAGCAAGUCUGUGUUUGACACGCUCGACAGCGAAGACGCUGGUGCCUCAUCCUCAAAGCAGGGACACCUUUCUCCUUCGUCGCCCCAGAUGCCUCAGCUGGGUCGCGCAAUCAGCAGCGGCACUGAGCACGACGACCCUAUCCUGAAGAAGCUGACGGCCAUGGGCUACAACCGCGACAAGGCCCUGGACGCUCUGGAGAAGUUCGACUAUGACAUCAACAAGGCCACGGACUACUUGGUCUCUGGGCAGUAG